AUGACAGUUGCUGGUGUAGCAAAUACCUUCGGCGCUGCUCUCUGGGGCGAGGAUUACCUCCUUUACUGCGCCUCCCAGGACAUCAAACGCGUCUUCCUGCACCAAGGCACCGACUACCGCUACUCUGCCUGGCAAACCAUCUCGACUCCCAAGACGCCCAAAGGCACGAAGCCGCCGUACUACGGAAGUAUAGCCGUCGCGGCGAUGCUGAGGGACUGGACCAACGGCACGACGCAGGUCAAGCACCUACCUCUUGACGAUGAAGCUGAAGCGGUGUACGCGAUGUACAAGAACAACACACUCCACUCCAUCAUGGUGAUCAACAUGGCGCCGUACGAUUACACACUCUCUGCAAGCCUCCAAGUGCGACCUGAGAAGAAGUACUCCUUCCAAGUCCCAACCAGCUGUGCAGGCAUAGGUGUAGUGCAGCGCCUCCUAGCGAACGGGAGCCAUGCCGUCACGGGAGUAACCUGGAGUGGGCUGUCGUACAACUACGAGCUGCAGGAGGGGAAGCCGGUGCUGCUGGGCAAUGUUACCAAAGAUGAAAUUACGUGGGUUGGGCAGGAUGGUGUCUUCAAUGUCAAUGUGUCGGAAUCGUCGGCUGCGAUGGUGAGGUUGGAGGGUUGA